AUGGUUCCACAGCAAACGACCGUUAUUCGGGAUGGCAAACAGUCUCAAAUACCGGCGACCAAUUUGGUAGUGGGCGAUAUUGUGCUCUGCAAGGGUGGCGAGCGAAUUCCCGCCGAUGUUCGCAUUCUGCAGUGUGAGGGAAUGAAGGUGGACAACACCUCGCUGACCGGAGAAUCAGAACCACUGUCUCGAUCACCAGAAGCCGGUCAUCAGAUGCCGCUGGAGGCGAAGAACAUUGCCUUCUUCUCCACAGCAUGCGUCGAUGGCAGUGGCAUUGGGCUGGUCAUUGCCACCGGCGACAACACUGUCAUGGGCAAAAUAGCAAAGCUCGUAACCAACAUUCAG